AUGGGAUGGCCAUAUGAGUUUGUCAGCCUGACGCCCGAGCAGAAGCACGCACGGCGCGAGGUGCUCGAUCGGUAUGGCUUCCUCGCGCACUGCUCGGCGCUGGCCCCGGUCCUCGUCUUUGGCCUCGUCCACCUCGCCCGGCUGGCGUACGCCUACGCCACGGGCACGCUGCGCGGCGUCGACGGCCAGGGCACUUACGCCGAGAUCCCCAACUCGCCAGCCAUCAAGGCCAGGGAGACGACGGCGACCAGGAAGCUGCACACGACGUGGGCCAAACUCUGGUGGUGGAUGGGCGAUGAGGUUCGCGUCGCGGGCACCAGCUGGGGCCGCAGAGAGGAAUGGGUUCUAGGGCUGUCUUGGACAGCGUGGUUGCUGCUUCUCUGCACUCUAGAGACCGGAAAAGACUACUUUCACGUUACGAAGCGCUUUGGCAUCGUUGCCGUAUCGCAGCUGCCCAUUCAAUACCUCUUAUCCCUCAAGGCUAUGAAUCCAUUUGCAUGGGCCUUAACAUCAUCGCAUGAAGAAGUCAACAAGUACCACCGCAUCCUCGGCCGCAUCAGCUACGGCCUCGUCCUCGUCCACCUCAUUCUAUACAAUGUAUACUACAUCAUAGCCGGGAAGUGGGUGGCCCGAUUCUUCGCGCCCGUCAUCUUUUGCGGAGUAUUGGCCUCGCUGCUAUUCCACGCUAUUGCCAUUACGUCCAUGAGAAGGAUUCGCGAGGUUGCCUACCGUCUCUUCUUCAUUACCCACCUGGUCGGCGCCUUCUUUGCGCCGACGCUGCUCAUCUUCCACGCCAAGUCUGCGCGGUGGUACGCCAUUGAAUGCUGCAUCAUCUUCCUGUUCGACCUCGCGGUGCGAAAACGCUACUCAACCGUGGCGCUGGCCACAAUCGAGGCCAUCCCCGGCACUACCCUCGUAAAGGUCACCGCGCCACUUCCACCCGGACACCUGGAUGCCUUUCGCGGCGCCCCGGGAUCCCACGUCUAUGUGAGCCUGCCCACAGAAGGCCGCAAGGACUCAGUCCCCUCCUCACAGUCCGCGCUCUUUGACUACUCGUACAACCCAUACUCGGUCGCCUCUCUUGUCGAAGACGCUGAUGCCAUUGGCUUCGUGGUGCGCAAACGGCGCGGCGCCAUGAGCCGCGUGCUCGCAGAUUACGCCGCGGCCACACCCCUCGCCGACACCCCCGACAACGCCAAGGUGCGCCUCUGCAUCGAAGGGCCCUACGGCGCGAUGGCGCACAGGUACCGCGCCCUUCUCACCAGCGGCGCCAGCCGCGUACUCUUCAUCGCCGGCGGUGUCGGUGCGACCUUUAUCCUGCCCAUCUACCAGGCCGUGCAGGCCGAUCUGCCGCUCGCGCGGCUGCAGAUGGUCUGGGCCAUCCGCACCGCCGGCGACGCGACGUGGGCCGUACCUCCCAGCGCCGUCGGCGGCAAGACGGUGCUGAGCGACGAGCGCAUCCAGCUCUUCCUGACGGGCGACGUAGCCGCAGUGGCGGCCGCCGAAGGAGACAGCCACGGCGAAGGCGGCUCCGCGGUGGAAAUGCGCCCGCUGCCACCCUCGCGUCGCGCGCUGGGCGGUCGCGCACGCAUGCACAAGGCGCAGCAGAACAGGCGGCGGCCCGACUUUACAAAUAUUGUCGACGAGGCGUUUAGGCUCAGCGCGCAGGGCGUCGUCGCCGUCGUGGUCUGCGGGCCCAAGGAGAUGGCGGACGAGGUCCGACGCUGCGUGCGCCCGUGGGUGAUGAAGGGCCGCAAAGUUUGGUAUCACAACGAGAGCUUCGGAUGGUAG